CUCGAGGUUGAGGUGGAACAUCUUCCUGGAUGUUUCGGGGCACCAUGGGCUGCUGCUGCAGCUCAGACUACGACGAUGACUGGAUUGAGAACAUCGACAUCUGUGAGCACUGCAAUUACCCCAUUGACCCCAACAGCAAGAGCCAGAGGCUGAUCCGCAACGGCUCCGAGGUGCAAGACCCUCUGGUGUCCUACGAGUCCACGUCCCCGCCGUGCUCCCCCAUGCAAGACAAGCUGGUGGUGGCCCUGUACAACUACGAGCCCAAGCACGACGGGGACCUGCGGCUGCGGAAGGGAGAGAAGCUCCGUGUCCUGGAGGAGAAUGGGGAGUGGUGGAAGGCACAGUCGCUCACCACCGGCCAGGAGGGAUUGAUCCCCUACAACUUCGUGGCCUUGGUGAACAGCCUGGAGCCCGAGCCGUGGUUCUUCAAGAACAUCAGCCGCAAGGACGCCGAGCGGCAGCUCCUGGCGUCGGGCAACACGCACGGCUCCUUCCUCAUCCGGGAGAGCGAGACCUCCAAAGGCUCGUACUCGCUGUCCGUGCGGGACCUGGAUGAGACCCAGGGAGAGACGGUGAAGCACUACAAGAUCCGGAACAUGGACAACGGCGGCUUCUACAUCUCCCCCCGCGUCCCCUUCGGCAGCCUCAGGGAGCUGGUGCAGCACUACACACGCAGCUCCGACGGGCUCUGCACCCGCCUGGGCAAACCCUGCCGGACGCAGAAGCCGCAGAAGCCGUGGUGGCAGGACGAGUGGGAGGUGCCCAGGGAGUCCCUGAAGCUGGUGGAGAAGCUGGGAGCGGGGCAGUUUGGAGAGGUCUGGAUGGGCUUCUACAACGGGCACACCAAGGUGGCUGUGAAGAGCCUGAAGGCGGGCAGCAUGUCCCCCAGCGCCUUCCUGGCCGAGGCCAACCUCAUGAAGAACCUGCAGCACCCGCGGCUGGUGCGGCUCUACGCCGUGGUCACCAAGGAGCCCAUCUACAUCAUCACCGAGUACAUGGAGAAGGGCAGCCUCGUGGACUUCCUCAAAACCUCAGAAGGAGUCAAGCUCGGCAUCAACAAGCUCCUGGACAUGGCUGCACAGAUCUCCGAAGGCAUGGCCUUCAUCGAGGCCAAGAACUACAUCCACCGUGACCUGAGAGCCGCCAACAUCCUCGUCUCGGAGGCGCUGUGCUGCAAAAUCGCCGAUUUCGGGCUGGCCCGGCUCAUCGAGGACAACGAGUACACGGCUCGAGAGGGGGCUAAAUUCCCCAUCAAGUGGACGGCGCCGGAGGCCAUUAAUUACGGGACGUUCACCAUCAAGUCGGACGUGUGGUCCUUCGGCAUCCUGCUCACCGAGAUCGUCACCUACGGCCGGAUCCCGUAUCCAGGAAAAAUCGGGUUGGAUCUCUACAAAAACAGGUCCCCAGCAGCCAGUUGA